AUGCAUGCUUUUGGCACGGAUCUCGGUGAAGAGACCGGUAUUUUGGCCAUUAGUUUGAUGGCAAAUCGUAGACUACACACACUGGAGCGUUUUCUCUGGUUCGCUGCAGUGCUCGUGUCCAUAUUCGCCGCCAUACGUUUGAGUGGUGUUCAAUUGAAACGUUACUUUCAUUCGCCGACAGUCAUCUCGGUGGAUCGUGACUAUCGCGGUUGGCAUGGUGCACUGCCUGCUGUUACGCUCUGCUAUUACGAUCAUAUAGAUUCAUUCAAAGCGAAUGAGUAUAUACAGGAUAACUGGAAUAUUUCCAUUGUGGAUAAUGAUUACUUCUACUUUAUGGACUUCCUCUAUGCAGUGGUUAAUGCGACGGCUAGUAAUUAUGCUGAUCUGGCGCGUUUUGCGGAAGAUGAACGUUUCGAUAAUGUGGAUCUGGCGCAGGUGGUGCAUGCCAUUGAUAAACCUUUUGAACAGGCUUUGACCAGCUUUGAUAAGAAAAAUUCGACCAUACAAAUAAGGCCAGUUAUGACAGAGCGUGGAUACUGUUAUGCCAUUAAUUCGCCCAUGUCGGAAAUAUUAGCUGGGAGAAAUAUUGAAUACAAAGACAUUAUACAUCCACUUACCUGCGAGUAUGGCAAGCAGCAGUGCUUCAUCAAAAUGGACUUGUACGAAAGUACGGGAACGGUCGAUAUUCAUUCACCUUUUGAGGUUUCCGCCAGCGAUGCAAAUAUCAUAGCUCUACAUAAAUCGGAUGAGAUUACUGCCUCUUUCAAAGUGCUCGAAACUGUCGCUUCGAAUAAUUUGCGUGAUCUGCAUGUGGAUCAAAGGAGAUGUGUCUUUUACGACGAAAAAACUUCGCAACUAAAGGUUUAUAGCAAGACCCUAUGUUUAGUACGUUGUCGCGCAGUUAUGGCUCUGGAAAUGUGUAAUUGUGUACCGUUCUUCUAUGCUUUUGUCGAUGGUCCCAGUUGUAAUCCUGCUGGCUUCGAGUGUCUACUUGAUUUCAAAUGGCCCAUUUGGGCUUUGCACAUUUGCAAGUGUCCAAGUACAUGUACAGAAAUCGAAUACACAGUACAGACAGUAAAAAAGAGCUAUUGGGGAGUCAAAAUGAAUGAUGAAAUCACCACAACAGAUGUGGCUACAUCUAGUUUCCGUUGGGACGUCAUACCACCCAAAGUGCGUAUGAGGCGUGAUGUGGUCUUUAGUUUUGAAGACUUAUUAGUCUCCUUUGGCGGCACGUUGGCACUGUUUCUCGGCUUUAGUCAAAUAUCUGUUGUGCGUAUUGGCUAUGUGAUCGCCUAUCACUUCAUUAUGGCAAUUCUUGAGUUAUUACGUAGUUUGAAAAGUUAUUGUGCCAACGGUUUACACAUUUUCAAACGAAAGCGAAAGACAAAUCAAAUUUUACUGGUGCAGGGAAAGCCAAGAGGUCGUUUUCGUCUUGUCAAAAAGCGUCAGCCAUUGAUUGCUUUACAUGAAAGUUUAUCCAAGGAAGAUCAUUUGAGCAGUGGCAGUGACAACAAUGGCACAUUGGAUAUUAGUAUUGGGAAACCCGAAUUCGAGUAUGUCAAUUGAGAAGACGUGGAAAGAGAGAGAAUAUUCG